UGAGCUGGAGAAGGAAAUGGCAAAUCACUCCAGUAUCUUUGCGAAGGAAACCCACGGACAGUAUAGGCAUGAUAUUGUGUACAGUGUCACUGAACGACAACCACCUUUAACCUCUGAGCUUCUGUAAACUAAGGGGACUGGGCUAAGUGAUCUCUGCGGUCCCCUCCAGCUUUAAAAGUAUGUCAAUGUGUCAUCUGUGGAGUGACUGAGAAACCUUCACCAGUCCCCUUCAUUUCUUCCUAUUUACUGUGUCCAUUCCUUCCUUCCCGGGGGUGGGCGUCCUGCGGGUCCUGUUCUUUCUGCAGAAGCCUGCUUAGCCCCGCCCUAUCCAGCUGCUGCCGCGCUCCCAUUGGCCGAAGCUUCAAGUUCGCACAUGCUCAGAGGCUCUUCAGAAAGAGCAUUCCAGCUGGCCAAGUUUCCAUGACAACCCGCCUAGCAACCAAAUGCCGUUAAAGUUGGCGUGGGCAGGGGUAGCCAGGAGGAUGAAGGUUGCUGCGCAGAGACGAGGCAGUAUCACUGAAGGAGAUGGAAUCCUUAGCAGGGCCCUGGAUGCCUUCACUUAAGUACUGCAGUGUGAGCACAGCCCAGAAGAGUCCCUGCUGUGUCAAUGCCUCUGCUCUCUGGAACGCCCCCUCCACCUGUCCUCAUGUACUCCAGGUUCCCUGUUUUAUCCGACAUCCCUCUGCUGCAAGGUGUACCUGGGGUUGGCCAGAUCUGUACAGGACUGACCUACAAGGGAAGGGGCCAGGCCUACUGGAGCGACCGGAGGAUGGUGACGCAUCAGUCCUUGCCAGAAGGGAAUCAGAUGGCUUUUACUACAGGGCUCGGAUAAAAAAAACACCAGAGCUGGGGAGGCAGGGCAAACUCUUUGUGGAGUUUGAGGCCCCCCAUUCCACAGGUCCAAAAUCCUCAGGCCCACUACAGAGCACAGCACUAGAGGAUGUCAUCCAGCAUUCAAGGGCCUUAGAGCACUCCCUACUCCCUGGAGACAAGGUUCUGGCACCCUGGGAACCAAAGCAGGAGAGAUAUGGGCCAGGCACUGUGAUGCAAGGCCUGGAGACCAGAGACCCUCAGAGAGCCUCAGAGGAUGAAGAAAUCACUGUCUGCUUUUGGAAUGGCAAGAUGGUCAAAGUGCCCUUAGGGGUAGCCGUAUGGACAGCCCCAGCCUGUUGGGAGAAGGCCGUGGAGAUGUUGCACAAGCCAUUAGAUAGCAGUUGGCCAAAGCCCAGAGAGCAUCUUUGCGCCAUCCCCUGUACUCCCCCCUGUCCUCUCCUGGGAUCUACCCUUGGGUAUACUGUGGAAGGGCAUCUUCUGGGUUCUUUCUUGUGCCUGUCCCGACAUCUUUACCCCCAGUCCUACAGCCACUGUCCACUGUUGCCUAAUGGCUGCCUCUGCUGUUGUUCCUUAGCCUGCUCUACUUGGUGGCCUCUCACCAGGACAUUAGAGGCCACAACUGGGGACCACCCAGAUCCAGACCCAAAUCCCACAGCACAACUUCUGGAGUUAGACAAUCCCAGAGACAAAAAAGUGGCAGCUCGCGUUUGUGUGGGUGUUACUUCCUCCUCUUCCUCCUCUUCUUCCUACUCUUUCUCUUCUGAAGAGGAGGAUUUGGGGAGUGAUCUGAAGAAAGCGCUUCCUCAAAGAAUUAUGGUGGACAGCACUGUCAACACUGACACCAGCCUUUUUGAGAAGCCCCUGAGACUGACGGUCCUCAGCCAGCCUCCCUGGAAAUACUGGAAGAGAAAUGGCCUAGAGUCCAGCCAAAGAAAGCCAGGUCUGUAUUGAGUCCGCUCUCACAGCGUGUGAGAGUAACAUCUGUCUUCAAAUGUGGUCACCGAUGGGUUUUGGUGUACUCACAAGAGCCUGCAGUGAGGGUUGGGAAACAUCUCAGAUCUGGAAACAAACCGUGCGCUGGGUUUUCUUGGCCUUGUCAUCGUUCAUUGAAACUCAUAAAUGGUGGCUGCCCUUUUGGGUGAAACCCACUAGUAAAGCCCAGCUAGAGCCUAGUUACAGUGGCUUAAGACCCCUUAUAGGUUCUCAGCAAAAACUGCUGAUUGAACGGAUUUCUGGACUUAUAUGUCUGUAAGCUGGGGCCUGGGCUAUUCAGAGCCCAGUGGGAGUGUCAAUGAGAAGUCUUUACUUUUACAUUAGGCUUAUCUAGCUUACGAAAACCUUUUUAUAUUAUUGUAUCCUCAUGAUAAUUCUGUAAUGAGGAAACCCAUCUAGUGAAGGAGGUAAGAUUAGAACCCAGGCCUUCAGAUCCCCAGUCCAGGGCUCCUUCUGAUGUACCAGGCUGUCUAAAAUUAGAUAUCAAUCACAUGCUCUUUUUCAUCUGGCCCGUGGAGGGUGAAGGACAUGGAAUUUGUGCUUUGAAAGAACCUAGGGCUUCCCAUGGAACCCUCCCUUCCAUUCUGCUUCUGGCCCUCUUGGGUUUGCAGGGAAGGACAUUGUUAAAUUCUCUCACUUUCCAGCCUCCCCAGCAUUGGCCCCAUGUCCUGACUUUGCCAAAAGGUCCUGAGGGGAUCCCGCCUGACCCACUGGGCGCCUGGGGGGGAUUCUUGUGACGCAGGGGGUCUCUUUCUCCACCUGGAGUGAUUUACUCUGAUUUCAUGUUGUCCCUUUUUGGAUCUUGUGUGUUUCUUCGAGAAGUAGCUUCCUCAGCUGUGAGUAAGAACAAGAGGAACUCAGGGCCAGAACCAUGUCAAGGCUAUUUAUAGCAUGUGAAUUGUAGGGCUGACUUUUUCUGCCUUACAUCUUAAGUAGCAGAGUCUAUAAGAGCUAAGAAUUAUAAUAGUUUUGCUGGAUAAAGAAUCCCCAGACCUAGACCUUUUCAUUGUCUGCAUCACUAAUAAUGUAGACCCCACUUCCUGUAUCACUAACCAAUGGGACUAGCUUGUUUGAGGCCACUGUCUCAUCUCCAUGGCAACUGCUUACAAUGAUGUAUGGACCUUGAACUGUUCCUAACGGUAAGACCUCACACUGAGGGUGAAAGGGGGGUCACAUGGACUUUGCCAAUAGAAAAACAAUGUCUUUAAUUACCAUUCUGGGACAGGAUGGUCUACCAUUACUUAAGGAUUGGUGGAGACAUAUUAAUCUGGUGGUGUGGUCUAGAAAGAUGGGAGGGAGUCCUCUUAGUGUCCUCAGGGACACUACGGGAAACCUGGGUUGGUUUAUCCAUAUGGAGAUGGGUAUGGACUCUAGAGGCUUAGGAACUUAACUGCUAAAUCAUCAACUUCCCCAUCAGUAGUAACUGACCAUUGAAAAACCAAGACAGCAUCCAGACCCUUCUGGAAUAGAAUUAGUCCAAUAUCAGACUCGGCAAAAAAAGCACAAACUAGUGUUUUCUAAGAUUUGUCUUCUUUCAGAAUCAAAUGAGUGAUAGAGAAAUUAAUACCAGAAAACCUGGGGUUUUCAUGCUGAUUUUCCCACAGAUACAUGGAAAAAACUAAAACACUAACUGCCCAACAGACAGGGCAUCUAUGGGGAAGACAAGUGAAAUGGAGGGGCCUUGAUGAUCAGGGGUGUCGCAGGUACCUUUCUUCCUGUGAGAGUACCGAACAGCUACAUAAGUCUUGUCACUAGGUAUAGACACAAAUAAAGACCCAUGCUCCUGCACCCCCCCCCCCUUAAUAUCAGCUCUAUGAUUCACAUCCUCUAUACAGCCUAUGGAAUCUCCAGUGUUGUGGGCCAUGGCAACUUUGUACACAGGUUCACCCAAUAAUUUGGUCCAUGCUUAAUUUUCCAAUCUGAAAAGCAUGCUGACUCUACUUAGCCCCGAUGUUGUUUCAUCUCCCACUUAACUCUCUUUACUGAUCAUUCAAAAGUUCUCCCUUCCCCCAAACUCCAGAAAAUCCUGAAAUCAGCAGAUCUUAAAUUGCUGUCAGACUUAUUAAUUGAUUUAUUUUGAGCUGCAGGCAUAUAUGGCUAAGCUUUAAACAUUUGAGUAACCGGCCAUCUCUACUGGUUGAGAUGCUAUGCUUAGGGCCAUAUCUUAGUGAGGAAGAUUUAUUUUGACUAGACCUUCUUAACUCUGGGGUCUGUGGAUGAUGGCAAGAUCUCAGAGGGCCUUUGAGCUUGGAUAGAAAAAAAAAGUACAUCUUUAUUUUCACUAACCUCUAAUGGAAAUUUAGUAUUUCCUUCAGUUAUGAACGUAGACAGCAAAACAUUAUUCUAAGACGGGGUCCAUAGGCUUCACCAGACUGCCAGAGGUGUCAGGGAUGGAGGAGGGCAUGACACACAAAAGAGAUCAAGAACCCCCAUCUAGACCAAGUGGGGGAGGCUGGUUCUGCUUCUGUGGCAUGGAACGUAUCAUUGAUGGGUUUACCAGGAAGGACAGAAAACAAGUGCUGAGUUUUUCUCUCCACCAGCUGAUUUUAGGGAACCUGCUAUUUAGAACCUUUGGAACAUUUUGGAGGGGCACUGCACCUUCUGUAAAUGCCUGCCACUUUAUGGAAUCUCAGAGUUGGAAAGGGUUGACAGAGGGCAUUCAAUCUAGCCUACAUGUGGAUAGAAAUCCUCUUCACAAUAUUCUUGGCAAGAUAGUCUUCCAGACUCUGCUUGAAGCUCUCCCAAUAACGGGAAGCUCACUUCCUGUAAGACUGCUUAUUUUAAUUUUGGACAGCUCUCAUCAUUAGGAAGUCUUUCCUAACAUGGAGCUAAAAUCUGCCAACCUGGAACGUCUGCCUAUUGUUGCUGCAGGGCCCAAAGAGCAAACUGCUGUUCUACCUUUCAAAUACUGCAAGACAGGAAUGACAUUCACUACCCCCACCCCCACCCCUCCUCUAGGUUAAUAUCCCAGUUUCUUUAAUUAAUCCUCCUACUCAUCCCAAAGCUGCUCAUUAUCCUUUAGACCUGUUCUAACUUGUUAGUGAUCCUCUGAAAAUGUGGAAUCCAGAACUGAACACAGUUUCUCAGGAGUGGUCUGACCAGAGCAGGACUGUCACUUCCUAUGUCCUGGACCCUGUUCUCCCAUUAAUGUCACCUAAGAGCGAGUUUGUUUGCAUGUCACAAUGCAGAGUCAUUCAUCUUGCAGUUCAUGAUAAGACCCCUCCCCCCAUCUUUUUAUGUGACUGCCUCUUGCCAUGUCUCCGCCGUCUUGUACUCAGGCACUGGAACUCAAGGAUAGACUUCUCUGUCUCUCUGUCUCUGUCUAUUUCAUGCCACCUCUAACUGGUUGGGUGACUGUAGUGCUCUAUGCAACUAAAUUGCCAAGAAGGUGCCAACCUGCAUUGGGAGGGAAUGUUUCCUCAUCUGGGAGUUCCUUAUGCCAAUGAAAUCGUAGGCAUGUCCCUAUCCACAUCCAGACAGGGUGUUGGUCCCACAAAUUUAGUGCAGCUUUAAAUUUUAACAUCUGAAAAUAUGUAACAGCUUAGUAUGACUCCAGAUGUAACACUUAUAUUGUGGUGAUACAUAUAUUCUCUCAUUUGGAUACAUUAUUUCACCGCUAUAGGUUCUCCUUUCACUGAUGUAAACCACAUACCCUCUGUGGUUUAAUAGUAAAAGUUCUGAAUAAAUUCUAUCCUGUGGGCUUCAGCCUGCUUUCCUAGCCCAUUGGCUCUGUCAUCCAAUAUGUUAGCUCUCUUUCCUAGCUCCAUUUCAUAUGCAUGUAUCAUUUGUGCCUUCAUCCAAAACAUUAGGCAGCUAGGAUAGAGAGCUGGACUGGGGGCCAGGGAAACCUGGGUUCAAAUUGUACCUUGUACUUCCUAGCUGUGUGACUCCAGGCAAAUCACUUCACCUCUCUGUGCCUGUUUCCCUGCCUAUAAAAUGAGGAUAACAACAGUGCCUACCUUGCAGGGAUGUGGUGAAAAUCAAAUGGGAUGACCCAUGUAAAGUGCUUUGCAGACCUGAAAGUGCUAUACAAAUAAAUGCUAGCUAUUCAUGAAGGUUGCCUAACUCUGCUUUUUCCAGUUGGGCCUCAAGAGUGCCUCUUCUUUCUACCACCCUUCUUUACUUUUAUUCAUGAUUAUGAAUCACAGGCUCUUUGAGAGAGAAAACACUAGUUGUGAAGAGGUCUUCACAAAGCCAUAUUAGAGGUGAACUGCAUUUCACCAGCCCCAUUUUACUCCGUCUCAGGUGGUUUGGGGUUUAUUUUGAUGUAUUCUCUGCAGUGUUACUUCUGUUCCCUUAGCUCCUAGAAAUUUGCCUCUCCCUUUCCUAUCACUUAUCGUUUUUGUCAAAUGAGAUAAUAAUGUGUUAAAGCAUUGUAUGUCAGCUCUAUUAUUAGCUUAAUGUGGCUUAGUAACUUUUUUUUUCAGUGAGGCAAUUGGGAUUAAGUGACUUGCCCAGGGUCACACAGCUAGUAAGUG